GCCGAGGAUAAGAGAUUUUAUUAUUUCUAAAACGCAGAAGCUGAUAAGGCUUCGUUUACUUUGCAAACAUGGCGACUAGCUCUCAUCUUCUUCUUCCUCAGGCACUGCAUAUGAUACCGAGAAUCCCUAGUAAGAAUCUAGGAGUUUCUUCACUUAUACCAUCAGUGAACUCUCGGAUAUCAUUGUCUAGGGUUUCCCUAAACCAUUCCAGCUCGAACGUUGGAUUCGCAAUCGGUUCCAGGAAGAGAAGGGAGUUUAUAGCUAAAGCCGAAGAGAGCAGUACUGUAGGUGAAGACACUGAAGCAGUUCCGGAGGAUGUUGCUGAAACAGUAGAAGACAAUGAGGUUGAGGAAGCAAAAACUCCGUGGAAGCCAAGGACCAAGCUCGGAGAUGUCAUGGGGAUACUGAACCAGAAAGCAAUUGAGGUUUCAGAGAAAGUAAGACCGGUUCCAGAGAUUAGGACAGGGGACAUUGUAGAGAUCAAACUGGAAGUACCUGAGAACAGGCGUAGGCUAUCAAUCUACAAAGGGAUAGUGAUGUCUAGGCAAAACGCAGGCAUCCACACUACUAUUCGUAUCCGGAGAAUCAUUGCUGGCAUUGGCGUUGAAAUCGUCUUUCCUUUAUACUCACCCAACAUAAAGGAGAUAAAAGUGGUAAGCCACAGGAAAGUGAGAAGAGCAAGACUUUACUAUCUGAGGGACAAACUUCCUCGUCUCUCUACUUUUAAAUGAGGCACCAAACCCAACAUCAGUCUUUUGCUGUCUUAAGUCUCCAGAGGUAGCCUGCUACUCCUCUUCUUGUAAGAAUUGUUUGUUUGUUUGCUUUGUCUUAUGGGAUUUUGUUACUCGUCAUGUAAUAUUACAGUGACAAUUGAGAAAAGUAAAUCAAAAUGUUUUGUGAGGCU